AUUAAUGAUAGUCUAUUCACGUACAGUCAGUAGACCGACAUGAGGCGUAGUCGUUUGAAAUAAAUAUAAUAAAAAUAAUAAUAAACAUGACGAAUGGAGCAAAAGCAAUACCUGAAUUGGUCGUCACAGCCUCUAUCUCCGCGGGACUAGCUUUAAUAAUUUCAGUAUCAAGUAUAAUAUAUUCAAUAUUAGCACUUAUUUUCCGAUAUGAGUGUGCAUAUAUAGAAAAUUUGGAUGCCGGCUGGAAUUCUCUUUGGACGUUGAUAUUACGCAACUAUAUUCUAGAAGAUGCUUGCUCCUACUCAGUGAAGAACCCAAAUAUUACUUCUGCAGAAUCAGUAUUCAUUAUGAUUAUUUUGACACUUUGUUUUGCUGUGCUAAACCUUUGUGCAGCUCUAACAAUUACUGCAGUGGUAAGAAAGGAAAACAAUGGCUGUGUGGAUUUAGUUUCUUAUGUUUAUAUUGGAACCAAUGUGGCUCUUUUGGUAGUCGACAUAACCUUAGGAGCACAUUUUGGCAAGGAUCACACAUAUCUAACGGAUUUGUUGAAUGAUGACACUUCGGAAAAUUUGAACAACUCUCCUUUGGUAAUAUUUCGCUUGGGGAUGUUCUUAUUAAUGAGUAUCUCUCUCAAAGGCUACAUCGGUCAUGCUAUCAACGUCGUUCUGCUGAUUACCCUAAUUUUUUACCUAAUUGAAAAUCGACAGAAGGCAAAGGAAAACGGACAUUCAAUCCAUAAAUUAGGACCACUCAAUGGUUAUGAAGUACCAAGACCCACGAGAGAGGAGAGUCCGUGGCAACAACAAAGGAAUGAAUUAUUCUUAGGGUAUCCUAGAACCAAUAUCAAUCCUGUUUACAAUAACGACGAAAUAUCUCCAUCUCCACCACAACGUCAAAUUAGAGAAAAUCCACUUCCUGAUUACUCAAAUUCGCCGUAUCGCUCGGACCCAUGGUCAGUGGCACCAAAAAACUCCAAUCCCCCAAUGGGAUCACGCCCUUUCACAUAUUUGGAGGAACCAAAACGGCCUAUACCUGUAAAACCACCAGUGACUCCCCCAAAUGACCAACAAUGGCGAAGAGACCCUUGGCCCCCAGCGCCUCCCGUCCCAGAACCUGAUUAUAGCCCAAAACCACGAAAAUUAAAGAGCGCUUUGAAGACAUAUUAAUAUAAAUUUAUUAAUAAUAUACUAUUAAUUUUUUUCAUUGUACAGUUAUUGAAGAAACAUAAAUUUUGUA